AUGUCGCCUAUCCGCGGCCAUCUUCUCCUCCUCGGCAUCACGAGCGCGGUGUGCGCCGGCUCGUUCGUGCUCAACUUCCUCUACGUCCGACAAGGGAGCAAGGGUGCUACUCGGCCGCCGAGGAGCGGGCUGAACGGCCGCGGAACGUCUGGUCAUCGGAGGAAGUUCGGUGGAGGUGGAGGCAACGAGAGGCUUGAGGGGAAGAACAGAGCGCUGACGUCCGCAGAGGCCGUUGCCAAGGCUCUUCAAGUCGACUGGUGGCAUGACGGUCGCGCUUCACUCGGCAUCAAGGGACAGACGUUCUGGGCUAUUGCUUGUGCGGGCUACUGUGAUCUCCUCCUCGGGUUCGACCUCAUCUUCCCGACAGCCGCCGUGCUGCAUGUCUGGUUUGAGCUCCUCGUCCUCCUUCUCAUGGCCGGCUCGGGCAUCACCUUCGGCGUCCUCGCCGGUCUCUCCGACCUGCAACACCUCUUCCGCGGCCUGGAUCAUGACAAGACCUUCUGUCUCCUUGGUCUUCUAGGCGUGUUGAUCGCGUACGUCGGCGCGAUCCUCGCGCUCAUCACCGCCUGCUUUGUGUGGCGUGUGCCGCGGCGCAUCGUCCAGUCCAGCGACGGGAAGAAGUACUGGCGCCGCUCCAUCCGCCAGAUCUACCACAACCGCUACACUGGCCUGCCGCCCGAUGUCAUCUUUGCGGACCUAGGAGAUAGCACGAAGAGGGAGAGCAGCAAGGGCGGAGAGAGCUGGUACCAGGAGAGCGCGUACGCUCUGAACACGCAGCAGCGUACGAGCUGGAUCCCGCCCGAUCACGGCCAGGCACCGCCCUACGUGCCCCCCAACCCGUACUCGACGCCUUAUGACCGUCAUGUUCCAUCAGCGUUCCAAAGGGGCGUUUCUCCAUCUGUGCCCACUUCUCACCACCUCACACUUGCCAGCACGACGGACCAUGGGCGCGAUAUAAGCACCCCUCACCCUCUCGCCCCCGUCAAACGUCGUACUCCACCCACUCACCCAGCUACUCACCCUCGCCACUCACUCAACGCUCUCUUCACCAACCAACCACAGACAUACACCAUGGGGCACCCCCGCAUCACAUACAUCGUGUACACGGUCAACUGCCUGCUCAUCAUCCUUGCGCUGGCGUUUGCGAUGGCCUUCUACACGACGGGGCUGAAGAAUAGCUUGGACGUCUACGACCGCCUGCACGCCGAGCGCGAGAAGGAACAAGGCCCUUACCCACUCGAUUACAGUGUCGCGGACAGUCCUUUGGGCUCGUGUUCUGCUACCCCUCCAUCUGCGGCCCAGAUGGACGCUCUCCGCCCUCCUCCUCCUCGGCGCGUGGGGGCUGGGCGUCAGCUUGAACUCGGCGAUUCAGGCGGGCCACGCCUUCUUCCACUGCGACAUGCCCUACCCCGAGCUGGAGAAUACGAAGCUGUGCACGCUCGCGAGGGGGACGUUGGUGACGGCUUGGAUCAGUACUGUCUCUCUGACAAUCAGCACUUCUCCACCGCCGUCUACGUCUACAUCUCCCAGAUCCGGAAUGACUGGGCCGAGUCCCCGCCCGCAUGGCAGGGCUGGAGCGCGAAACAGCACGUGCACUCGCACAACGUGAGCCAGGCUGCUCCCUUGGGAUUCGCGAGCCAGGGCCAGGUCGAGAGUAUCGAGCUCAAGAGUGUGCUGCGCCCCGCUUGA